AUGGAUCCAUGUCUUGAUCUAAGCGGUCCCUGGGAGUGCCCGGAUUGGUUCUCUUGGGAAGGCAAUGACCUCGGCCGAAGCAUUGAUUCUAACCCACCGAAUCCUGGCAACGUUGGACUCAACGAGUUCGGGCUCGAUGAUCCACUGCCCUACGCUGCGGCUGCCGCUGCAGCUCUGUUUGAAGACGACAACCUCCCCUGUCUAUUUCCUGACCUUCCGGUCUUCGACGAGUCCAGCAUCUCCACGGAUCCUCGAGAGCUUCAGUCGCCGCCCCUACCAGGGUCCUUCUCCACGAAUGGCUCGAGCGGCAGUGGGUAUAGUCCGUCUUCAAUGGAAACGGGCUUCCCUAGUCCUUGGACGCCAUGGGAGACUCCAUGCGUGUCACCGGAUCUCCUUGGAUUGCAAUCACCGCAUCCGUAUCGCAGAUCCCCACAAGGAGACUUCAGUAACACACCACUGUACCUCCAGGACCCCAUGACCAGUAUAAUACAUACCGAACUUGAAAGUGUUGCCUACGAAACGCCAAUCGAGCUUUCGGGAACCAGUGCCUUCACGCAAUCAUCACCCCAAGCGGCCGUUCCAGACACCACCCUGACAAUGGAAGACAAGCCUCCCAAUCUUACCUCACGGAAAUGGCGCCUCCAGACGCGGCCGGUGAAAUGUCCCGUAUGCAACAAGGGUCAUACCUAUUCGACCGAGCUGAACAAACACAUCGCCGCCCGACACCGCGACGUGGCCGCCAGCAUCGGCGUGUCCAUAGAACGCUACGUUUGCGAGCUAUGCCACCAAGUCUGUACGCGGAAAGACCGUCUUGUUCGCCAUUUGAAGAACAAGCAUGGAAUUGAACCGCAGAAGCGACGGAAAAGGCCUGGGGGGUUGACUAAGACUAAGAAAUGA